AUGGUUCUGCGCUUGAAGAAGCGUGGGCUUCUGGUCGGGGGGCCACCUUGCAACUCGUGGGUGUGGAUAAACAGUGCAACUCAUGGUCGGAAAAAGAGCCGUAUUUUUGGCAACCAUCGGCUUCAGUAUGUGGCGGACGCAACUGCGAUCACAGCCCGAUUUGUCUUACUGGGGCUGAUCGCCAUAGCCAGAGAUGCAUUUUUUCUGGCAGAGCAGCCAUCCUCAAGUGUGAUGCCUUCUUUCCCUUACAUGGUGCAUAUGGCAACUGUACUGGCCCCCCUCUUCUGGGGCAAGGUCCGCUUUCCUAUGGGGGCUUUUGGACAUCCCAACACCAAGCCAACCGUGCUCUUCGGAACAUUGCCAUACAUCAUGGACUUCAAGCGGAAGCUUUCUGCCCGUGACAAACGUCGCAUCGACAACAACAAGAAGAACAAGAAGUUCGAAACGGUGCGUAAAACCAUCAGCAAGACUAGUGGAAAGAAACAAGUGACGGGCUCACAUGGCUUGAAGCGGUCAGCGGCAUAUCCACGUCGAUUUGCCAAGUUCCUUGCAGAUAAGCAUCUGGAGUUUGCAGACACUUGGCGACCCGUUUUAGAGGGAGCAAACGCAAUGUCACGUGCAAGUCAUUUGAAUGUGUGA